AUGUGGCGUCGAAGCUUCUCCAAACUUCCCCUUAGAGCCUCGGUUUUAGGCUUUCUGACGCGAUCGUUCUCCCGUGAGGCGGGGAAAAGGUUCGCCGCGUUGUGGGGGAACGGCGACUACGGCAGAUUGGGUCUCGGCAACUUGGAUUCGCAAUGGAAACCCGUCGUUUGCCCCGCCUUCCGCAACCAAACCCUCAAUGCCAUUGCUUGUGGUGGUGCUCACACUCUCUUCUUAACAGACGAUGGAUGUGUUUAUGCGACUGGUCUUAAUGAUUUUGGGCAACUUGGUGUCUCAGAGAGUAAGCACUACUCAGUGGAACCGGGGAAAAUUUAUCUGACUGCAUUUUCUGUGUUUGGAAUAUCUCAGGACCCACUUCUUGUUUUUGGAGAGGAGAAGAAAGUUGUGCAGAUCUCUGCUGGUUAUAGUCAUUCUUGUGCGAUAACAGUGGAUGGAGAGCUUUACAUGUGGGGAAAGAAUACAAGUGGGCAGCUUGGACUUGGAAAACGUAACAACUAA